AGUCUGCCGGCCUGGAUAGGGGGCGGCGGCGGUGGCGGCGGCGGUGGCGGCGGCCUGCCCGGGCAUGGCGAUGUUCCGCAGCUUGGUGGCCUCCGCGCAGCAACGGCAGCCACCGGCUGGGCCCGCGGGCGGUGACAGCGGUCUGGAGGCUCAGUUCAGCUGUCCCAUCUGCCUGGAGGUGUACCAUCGGCCAGUGGCCAUCGGCAGCUGCGGCCACACGUUCUGCGGGGAGUGCCUCCAGCCAUGUCUGCAGGUGCCGUCCCCUCUGUGCCCGCUCUGCCGUCUGCCCUUCGACCCCAAGAAAGUGGACAAAGCCACCCAUGUAGAGAAGCAGCUCUCAUCUUACAAAGCACCCUGUCGGGGUUGCAACAAGAAGGUGACACUGGCAAAGAUGAGAGCCCACAUCUCCUCCUGCCUGAAGGUCCAGGAGCAGAUGGCUAACUGCCCCAAGUUCGUCCCUGUGGUGCCCACAUCCCAGCCCAUCCCCAGCAAUAUCCCCAACCGGUCUACCUUCGCUUGUCCCUACUGUGGAGCCCGCAAUCUGGAUCAGCAGGAGCUGGUGAAGCACUGCGUGGAAAGUCACCGUAGCGACCCCAACCGUGUGGUAUGCCCCAUCUGCUCAGCAAUGCCCUGGGGGGACCCCAGCUACAAAAGCGCCAACUUCCUGCAGCACCUGCUGCACCGGCACAAGUUCUCCUACGACACCUUCGUGGACUACAGCAUCGACGAAGAAGCUGCCUUCCAGGCCGCCCUGGCUCUGUCCCUCUCUGAGAACUGAGGCACAGCCUAGCCGCCUGCCUUGUUGGGGCAGAAGACACACUCCGGCCUCAAGGGACAGGGCUCUUGCCCUUCUGCCCUGGCACCUGCACAGGAGCGCACCUCACCGGGCCAAGUGGAAUUUUACACAAGGAGAGCUGGUCUCGGAACCCCCAGGGCUGGGAUCCUGGCUAGCUGGCCCCUUGUCAUCAAGCAGGGCCACUGGGUCCUGGCCAGCAGCAGUACUGGGUCCUCGGUGCUUCAAGGGGCAGGUGCUGGCCGCUGGGUUAGAGCCGUUGUCUGCCUUUCCCAGCCUUGAUGUCUGUGUGUGGAGAAGGAUAAGGUGCCCUAAGCUGUGCCCAGCAGGACCAAGGCUGCCAGCCCACCCGGUCCCUAGCUUCGCUUCCACCGUGAGCAUUUGGUACUGGCUUUUGUGAUAUUUAGGAACCCUGCGUUUUUCUAUCUUAUCCUGUGUGAUAAUCUUUUCACAUUUUCUAGAGCAAAGACAAAGCAGUUACUCUUCUAUCGCAAUACCUGUGUUUGACUAGGCAGAGCAGUAUUUUUAUGGAGCAUUUACAAAGUUAUAUUUUUUAAAAAAAAU